CUUCCCUCCACCACUUUCCUCUGUUGUCAUUAGCUCUCCUGAGACUCCUGAGACCUGGGCUGCUGCCCCCACGGUUUGAUCAGUAGAGACCCCAUCUCCAUAGGAAAAAGGUUCCUGGGGCCUCAGUUGGAUUUCUGCAUGGUAUCUGCCCUAACCAACAAAUAGAAAAGCCAGGAUCCAGCCAUACGUCAAUGGACCCCAGAGGCAUCUUGAAGGCAUUUCCCAAGCGAAAGAAAAUUCAUGCCCAUCCAUCGUCAAAAGCACUUGCAAAGAUUCCCAAGAGGGAAGAGGGAGAAGAAGCUGGAGAGUGGCUGAGCUCCCUGCAGGCCCACAUAGUGCCCACUGGCAUUGGACGAGCUCGGGCAGAACUCUUUGAAAAGCACAUUGUCCAGCAUGGUGGCCAGAUAUGCCCUGCCCAGGCUCCAGGGAUUACUCACAUUGUGGUGGAUGAAGACAUGGACUGUGAGCGGGCCCUCCGCCUCCUCAGACUGUCCCGGCUGCCCCCAGGUGUUCAACUGGUGAAAUCAGCCUGGCUAAGUUUGUGCCUGCAGGAGAGAAGACUGGUGGACACAGCUGGAUUCAGCAUUUUCAUCCCCCACAGGUUCUUAGACCAACCACAGUCCAGCAAAGCAGAACAAGACUCUUCUGCCCUUCUUGGGACCAACGACAUUUUGCCUAGGACAGCCCUCUCUCUUGCCUCUCUUCCUACUGGAGCUGUUUCUCCUCCCACUGGAGAUGUAUCUCCUUCCAGAAAGGCAGAAGAGGCACCAAGCACUCAAGUCCAGCCCAGUUCAGAUGAUGAAAUAAGUGAUGGGGAAGGGCCCCAGGUUACUGCUGCUGAUCUGGAAGCCCUAAGAAGUGGCCACUACCCUACCACCCCCGUGGAAGAUGCUGGGCCUGACCCAGCCCCGGAGGCCCUGGAUAAGUGGGUCUGUGCACAGCCCUCGAGCCAGAAGGCAACCAACCACAACUUGCACAUCACAGAGAAGCUGGAAGUGCUGGCCAAAGCCUACAGGGUCCAGGGAGACAAGUGGAGGGCCCUGGGUUACACCAAGGCCAUCAAAGCCCUCAAGAGCUUCCACAAGCCUGUCAGCUCCUAUCAGGAGGCCUGCAGCAUCCCUGGGGUUGGCAAGCGGAUGGCUGAGAAGAUCAUGGAGAUCCUGGACAGUGGGCACCUGCGGAAGCUGGAUCAUAUUAGCGAGAGUGUGCCUGUCUUGGAGCUCUUCUCCAACAUCUGGGGAGCUGGGACCAAGACUGCUCAGAUGUGGUACCAUCAGGGCUUCCGGACCCUGGAAGACAUCCGAAGCCUGGCCUCCCUGACUACCCAGCAGGCUAUUGGCCUGAAGCAUUACGAUGACUUCCUACAGCGCAUGCCCAGGGAAGAGGCUGCAGAGAUUGAGCAGAUGGUCCGGGUGUCAGCCCUGACCUUCAACCCGGGGCUGCUGUGUAUAGCCUGUGGCUCGUAUCGACGGGGAAAGACAACCUGUGGUGAUGUGGACGUGCUCAUCACUCACCCAGAUGGCCGAUCUCACCAGGGCAUCUUCAGCCACCUCCUUAACAGCCUCCGGCAGCAAGGGUUUCUCACAGAUGAUUUGGUGAGCCAGGAGGAUAAUGGCCAACAACAGAAGUACUUGGGUGUGUGCCAGCUCCCAGGACCAGGACGGCAGCACCGACGACUGGACAUCAUUGUUGUGCCCUACAGUGAGUUUGCUUGUGCCCUGCUCUACUUUACUGGCUCUGCCUACUUCAACCGGUCCAUGCGGGCUCUGGCCAAGACCAAGGGCAUGAGCCUGACAGAACAUGCCCUCAGUGCAGCUGUGGUACGGAAUACCCAAGGCUUCAAGGUGGGGCAUGGCCAAGUGCUGCCCACCCCUACUGAAAAGGAUGUCUUUAGGAUCUUAGGCCUACCCUACCGAGAACCAGCUGAGCGGGAUUGGUAACCCAAGGCUGGAGGAAAGGGAAGCCCACUGGACUGGCCACCUGGCCUGGCCAUCCAGUACCCCUCCAGCAUCUACUGGCUGAACUCUACUACUGCAACCACCAGCUGUCCUCAGUUAGCCUGAGCCUGGGCUCUCUGGGCCUGGCUCCCAGGGCCUGCCUACUCUUCUCCCAGACAAGAUCAAGCUGCUGUCCCUUCAACCUCACCACUGCCCCUGGUAGAGUUUUCCACAUGGCCCCUUGCUCCAUUUAAGCAGGAACAGGUGGCUGGCACAGGAUCCCCUCUUCCCACCCUGAGAAAGAGCUAGCUGCUGGGGGUGGAAGAAAGGCUUCAUGGGGAGAGGGAAGCAGCUGCAGGCCCAGCAUCAUCCAAGACCCUUCCGAGUAGGAGAAUGAGAGCCAUUCCACAUGGAUUUCCUCACCCAUCCCACUUCCUGUGCAUCUGGAGCUGCUGGGAAAGGGUACCACAGGCUCCAUGAUGACAACAUCUGGAGACCCAAGGGCCCAGUAAAGUGCAUUUGACAUUCAACCUGCCUGGUGUCUUUAAGCUGCUGCAGCCCCCUUUUUCCACUCAAGCAGGAAAGAGAUGGGAGCUGAAUGGUAGAGCCCAGAAAAGCUGCACUGACUGCCCUCUAGCCAGGCCUGGCUGAGGCAGCUCCUGAACCCAAAAUGGUGUUUUAGGUGAAUGUUAAGAGGGAGUCAGGCACUAGGGGUUUCUCUCUAUCCACCCAUCAGAAUCUCCUAUGGACCCUGCCCAAGACAAGGCUAUUGUGAGAAACAAAGGUGACAAGGCUUACAGGAAAUAAUUACAAACAACAUGGUGGUCUGUGUACCAUUGACUGGGAUGGGGUGAUCAGGGAAGGCUGCCUGGAAGAGGGAAGGGAAAUUGCCUGUUUUAAAGGGGUCAGCAGCUCUGUUUGGGGACAAUUAAGAUCCAGCUUUAGAGAGGAUGCUGGAAGUCAGGAGGAGGCCAAGCAGGCAGAGACUUGAAAAUGAAUCUAUAGGGUUAGGUUUGGCAGAGCAGGCAGGAAUAUGAGCAAGUCUGCAGGUGCAUUUAGCAGGGUUUCUGAGGCUGGGCCUUGCAGGUCAGAAGACCGGAGGGACUGGGAGGAGGGGGUGUGUCUGGAAAGAAAUAUGAAGAGUGAUAGGCCCAGAGAUAGGAGAAAGCUGUCUUAGAGAAACCUGGAAAGGCUCCGUAACAUGGGGGAUUUUGAGGUGAAGGCGAGGGAGCUUAGGCCCAGUGGUGGGCUCCAACCUUUAGUGUGCUAAGUGUGAGGUGGUGUAUGUAUGUGUGGAGUCCUUGCAUCUCUGUCAGUAACCUUCAGAGAGUCCCAGAGCUGACCUUUCCCUCCCUGGUGUCAAAUCCUGAGACCCAGCUGGGUAUGGUAGUACAUGCCUGUAAAUCCCAGCUACUCAGGAGGCUAAGACAGGAAGGUCAUGAUUUUGAGGCCAACUUGGACUAUAUAGCAAGACUGUCUCAGAAAACAACAUCCCAAAGAUUCCUGGGAUCCUAGCAACCUAAGAAACAGCCUCCAACUCAAGCCUAGAUGCCUGCCUGUGGUGUCUGGAGGGUCUCUUUGGAGUUCAUUACCAACCUGAGCGGUGGCCAUAUCCAAGGUCCCAAAGCCCUUGUGAGCAGUGGGCCUCUCUGUAGACCUCCUAUUCUCAGGGAGGCCAUAGUGCCCUGGGUAGAACAGAAGAGGAGCUGGUGAUUCCCAGGGCCCCACAGCUUUUAAGGCUAUCCUUGGGCUGUCAUAGCUGGGAGCAAGACGGGCUGAUGGGCACUGAGUCACGGGUAACUUUCUACACACAGGAAUUUCUCAAAAAUCACUAGAAGGGAUAGAGCUGUCUUGUUUGAAAUAAGGGGUUUCACUCCCAUUUCUGACACCCUUCCCAUUUGCCUUUACCCUUUUCCCUAUGAGACUCAGAAUUCAGGUGUGCCUUCAAACUAUACAGACUUCUGGUCCCACCUCCUGACAAUGGCAAUGGGAAAUCCUGGGUUGAAGAGGGAGAGUGCCCACAUCCUCCAGGAACCCAUAUGGCAUGAUAACCUAGCUGCUCGGUGUAACAGAAGGAACCAGGAGAACAACUGAGUCAGGGAAGCUCAGUGUCUUAGAAAAGGCUUCAGUUUGAAAGAAGGGGUAGUUUUUGGAGUUCAAACUAAGUAAGAAGUGAGUUCAGGCCGGGUGCUGGUGCUUAUGCCUAUAAUCCUAGCUACUCAGGAGGCAGAGAUCAG